AUGGUUCAGCUCCAUGAAAUUUUAGAAGGAUCUUCAUCUUCUUCAUCAACUCAUGGUCAUGGAUAUGACGUAUUUCUAAGUUUCAGAGGACUUGACACUCGUCAUAGUUUCACUAAUCACCUUUAUAAUGCCCUCAUACAUGCCAAUAUUAAUACCUUUUUGGAUGACGAAGAAAUUGAAACUGGAGAAGAUCUGAAACCAGAAUUGGAGAGUGCAAUUAAAUCAUCCAAGGCUUCUGUUAUUGUGCUGUCCCAGAACUAUGCUGAUUCCACAUGGUGUCUUGAUGAACUGGUAUUGAUCCUUGAGCAACGAAGGAUAUCCAAACAUGUUGUAAUCCCCAUCUUCUAUCAUGUUGAGCCCGCACAUGUGAGGAAGCAAGAAGGUAGCUUUGGAGAUGCAAUGGCUAAUCAUAUACAGAAGAUGGAGGCAGAGGCAAAUACAGAUAAAAGAAGCAAAUGGGCUCAAAAGAUUGACCGAUGGAGUAAUGCACUUAGAGAAGUUGCUGAUUUGAAAGGGAAGGAUGCAAAUGGCAGGUAG